GGAUCCGAAUUGAUCUUCAACAAACGUGCAAUACACAGUGGGCUUCUCGAUGUGUCGCUUUGGGACAUAAAAGUGCAUCGAUCCAUAAUCGAGCAAGUCCAUCCUCAUUUUUGGCCGCAUAAGUUCAGUGGCUGAAUAUUAUCCAGACAAUUUGCUCAUAGAAGAACACACCAUGGAAGACAUCCGAAAGAAAUUGGAUCCAAAACAAGUGACGUUGUCUCCACUACCAGUGACAGAAGGGGCCUUGAACAAGCUCAAAGAUGUGAUCCUCAACCAGGUAGCAAUUCCGACGACUCAAAACCGCGAAUCCAUUCAGUUAUUGUGGGAACAAUGCCAGAGCGAACAUCGAGUAGUGGCUUACAAUGCCGUUCGAAUCCUGUUGGAAUUGGUGGACAGCAAGGUUUUGGAGCUGGGUCCAACACUCUCUGGACUUUCGGCUCUGUCGUAUCAAAUUAAGCAUCCUGAAGGAUUAGUUUGGGCUAUUAGCCAACUUUUGGCCAUUCAUUCGCCGAAAAAGUAUGCUUUGGUCUCGAAUCCGCACCCGUACGUGGUGCUAUUACGUUCUUAUCCCGCCACGUGGCCGCACAUCCACAACGUGAUUCAAAAUCAGAUGAACCGAGCUCAAACCAAUGGGAAUAAUGUCAUUGAGGAUUUGAGGCCCCUCCUAAUGUUUCUGUUCUGUAAUCCUCAUCACCAUGAGCAUUUCUCCGGGUUUCGACAAAUCCUACUCGUUGAUUUGAUCCAGGCUCAACCUAAUUUGCAGUUAAAGCCGUUUUGGGAGGACGUUCUUCAGUGGCUGCCAUUUAACUCUAAAGUGUCUGCUUAUGAACAGUACAGGAUGUCGCUUCAGAUCUGGUCGGAAUUAGGAUGGGAUCAGCCAACACUUCUUCCCUCCUUGUGCAGUGUAAUAGUAAGUUUCAGCCGCUUUGGUUUAAAUCCUAAUAUUGUGAUCAAAGACAUCACCAACAAAUGGGAAGCGUCAAAGUGUUCGGACAACAUUGCUAAUGAAAGUGUUAUCAUUCUUUCAUCUGCACUCUCUGAAACUAGCUCCUACCAACAGCGAGGAAUCAUAGAACUCAUCUUGUCUUUAUGUGAAAAGGCACAAAUGAUUCCAGAGGUGAUUGGCAUAGUUCUUUUUCAAAUUCUGGUAUUUGUAUCGAAAAAAACUCAAAUUACGCAAAGACUUGUUGAACAAAUUGAGACCCUUAAAGCUAUGUCGAAAUCGAAGCCCGUUUCUGACCUCUCCAUUGUUUCCGUUCCAAUAGCGCCAUUUCAUGUCCCUUGGGCCAAGGCAAGACAAGUAUUCAAUUUGUUACGUUUCAUCUCAGGAUCUGAAAGAAGUACUACUCAAUGGUUAAAAAGUAUAGAAAGGCUGAACCUUGGUGACUUUACUGAUGAAGUCCCAGUUCUUUCAUCUAUUGCCAUCUUAACGGAUUCCGGUGAGCAACUGAUCUUGAUCAUGAGAAUUUUUGGCCAAGUUAUCGGUCUUCAACCCGAAUACGCCCUUCAAGUCCUUGCCGUUCUGAUGCACAAGUUAGCUCAAAAAACAGAACCUGAGACUAAAUUGGCUCUUUUAACCCACAUCCCAAUGCUUGGCAAGGACAAGUUAUCGAUCGGUGUAACCGUCCAGUUAAUCAAUUCGCUUGGGAGCCGACCAGGAUUGAUUUGCUUGAAGAUCAAAUUGCUCUACGAUCUUUGGUUGAUUGAGGACCGGAUUUACCCCCAAUUACGAAAAGCCCUAGACGAGAAUACUGUCAUGAAGACAGCACAUGAAUAUGAAUUCUUCCUCACCAAAGCGCUCGUUUUGAAGGGAGUCUGUGAGAAAUCACCCUCGAAACAUGGAGCAGAUCUUCUGCCAAUGCUUUCCGAUAUUUUGAAUAAAUUCGGAGAUCCAAUUGACUCGGCUCUUUGCUGUAUGGCCUUAGACGGAAUUCGAUCAUUAUGUGAAGCUCAAAUCAUAGAUAUUCGAACUACAGUGAAUGUUCUGUGGUCAAAACUGUGGAAUGACGGAAGGCUCCGAGUCCGAUCUCAUUUCUAUCAAAUCUUACGAGUGACAGCCUUGUUUGAUUUGGAAUCGGCCGUGUUCCAGGAAUUCAAAUCCGAAACUUUGACUCGUUUGUGGGAACGCUUGGUUCUACCAGGUCAGGGAGAGGAUAUUCCCGCGAUAAGUCAGGCAAUCGUGGGCUUCAAACUUCAGGAUCAUAAACUCAAAAUGUUACCUUCAUAUGUCAUUGAAAAUUUGAAAUACCCGGAUGGCUUUAUUCCUAAAGAUGACACAUCCUUGCCUCCUAAACCCGAGCACGUUUGGGAAGUUAUUCCUAGUGACAUUUGGACCAAACUGAUGACAGAUUGCCCUAUUCCUGAGCUUCAACAUCAGUUCAGGGAUCUUCUCGUUCACUUACUGGAUGAAGAGUUGAAAGGAUUACCAAGAGGUGCAUAUUACCUCAGUCAGGCCAUGAAGAAUAGAGGAGAGGAGCCAGAAAAUUACGGUUUUCUGAAAGAAGGGAGCAUUCUACGGGGUCUCAUAGCUUACUGCCAAGGUGUGCUGAAUUCUAGAAUUCCAAUGCAUCAAGAAGCACUCCAGAAAGUCUUAUGGAUUCUUAGCAGGCCUUAUCCCAAACAUUUUCCGCCUCUGAAUUGGACCUGGCUCGAAAAUUUACAACGGUAUUCCAAGGAGGCUUUGGCUAUUGCGUGCCUACAAUGUGAACAUUCAAGAUCGGCAAAAUGGAUUGUGGAAAAGGCUAUCCAGAAUAAUGCUUCCGAUGAGGUUCUUUUGACUCACGCAGCCAAGAUGGCUUUUGGCCUUGAGGACGAUAAAUUGUCUGAAAUCCUGGAGAUGGGAUUGAACCAAAGAAUUCGUAAGAUUCAGUGUCAGUCAGAUGUGGAUAAUGCAGCCAGGCUAAUGUUAACCUUGAAGACCUCGAAUAAAAAAUCACCAAUGAUUUUGGAAUGUAUCGAAAAGUUGUCCAAAUUGAUUCCUCAAGAGGAAGAGGAACUCUACGAAGCUUAUUUGGAUGUUAUCCAAGAGCUUCCAACAUCAACCCUUGAUAUGAUGAGCAACACGAGCUUUCAUUUCCAAGUUUCUCCUACACAAAUCUACCGUGCAUUGUCCAUUCGUGUUCACUUGGCUUGCUCGGAUGAAUCUGACCACCCUCUCAAUUGGUUGAACACGUGUAUCGAAAGCGCUUCUAAAAUGGAAACCUUGGACAUGACAUCCAUUUUAAGAAAUUUGGCCACAGUUAUCAAUCAUGGACGAGUAAAAUACCCUCAGGCGAACCGACAAUGGCUGAUGGAGCUAAUGGGUCAGGUCAGAGCCACACUGAGGCCGGGUAACAAUGCCAAGGUAUUCAAAAGGCUUUUUGAAAUUUUCACCUUCGCGAUCGUUCAUUUUGCCCAAGUGGAUUGCUUUUGCCAUCCCAAAGAAAGGCUGUACUCGUCUCCUGAGGAGUGUUCUGAUCUCCUUCCAAUCGCUGUGGCAUCUUUAUUGCAAGCCAAAUCCGUGAUUUGGAAUGGAUUAGGACCUCAAGUGUGCGAGUGGAUGCUUAGUCUCCUAUCUGAGAGGGCAUUUCCCAGCGAAUUGAGGAACACCGUAAUUGCAGCCCUGCCUGCCUUUAAAGUAGAUGAACAAUACUCUGAGGCCUCCAUGUGGAGUAGGAUUGUGUUAAUAACCUCCGCUAUGCCUCUAGAAUGAAUAAACUUGAGCCAAUUGGUCAAAGUGAA